AUGGAUCCUUCUCCCAUAUCUCUUGCUUUUAAAGCGUCAACGACUCUUAUCGCUUCAACCUCACCUCCAGACCCGUCAUCAACAUCGCAUGUCCACAUGCUCCACUAUCAUGGAACUUCUCUAGCCGGGAUGCAGGAGUUUGAUGGAGAUACCGGCGAAUGUAAAUUGCUUGGGCCCUUUUCGAUUCUCGUUCAGACUGCUCUUGGGGCACUAGCGCUACUGUCGUUGGUUUACAAACGAUGGAGAGAACGGCCUCAACGCCCAGUCAAAGUAUGGGCCUUUGACGCCUCAAAGCAGGUCUUUGGGUCGGCCAUGAUUCAUUUAGCAAACCUAUUCAUGUCUAUGCUGUCAGCCGGUCAGUUGGAGAUCCAAAUGGACUUUAAGCCGAACCCGUGCUCAUUUUACUUGUUGAAUCUUGGGAUCGAUACUACUCUAGGAAUUCCCAUAUUAAUCAUUGCACUUCGAAUACUAAAUCUUCUCGCAUCAUACACUACUCUCGCGAACCCUCCAGAAUCAAUCGAGUCCGGCAACUAUGGCCAUCCGCCCCGCUCAGCUUGGUGGUUCAAGCAAUCCAUGAUCUACUUCUGGGGUUUGCUCAUUAUGAAAAUAUGUGUUUUCUUCCUGAUUCAACUUUUUCCCAUCAUCGUCAAGAUCGGUGACUGGGCUCUACGCUGGACAGAAGGAAAUACUGCCCUGCAAAUCACCUUUGUGAUGCUUCUCUUCCCUGUCAUCAUGAACGCUAUUCAAUAUUAUAUCAUCGAUACUUUCAUCAAGAAAAAGGUGUCUCACGACUUCCUUCACGAUGAUCACGGUGACGCUGUUGAUGAUGAUGACCUUCACCGACGAAACCUUCUGGAUGGUAUCGACGAGGCAUACUCAUCUGAUUCUGAUGUAGAGGACGCACCGGGAAAGAAAGCUCCUCUGCCAUUAUCCCAACCUAAGGGUUUCUUCCAGGACUCAGAAGCUACUCUGACUGAGGAUCACUCACCGGUACCCCCUUACGAGGCCAUCAGUUCGGGCUCUAGUAGCAGUCAUCACGAGCAUGGCCAGUCUAAGCCGAUUGCCCAAGUCCAUCACUGA